GCGCGGAAAAAUCAUGCACCAUUAAAAUUUCUUCAUUGUUUGGUAAAUUUACAAAAUAAAAAAAACUUACAUAUAUACUUAUUACAUUACAUCUUUGCGUAAGAAAUAAUUUUCACUUUUUCACGAUUUGCAACUGCGCAUUUUGCCACGAUUGUGAGUUCCCGUUUUUUAUUUUUUGCGAAAAGGAAUGGAUUCGCGAAACAGUUGAAAAAAAAAACUGUCAGCGUUUUGCGAGUUAAUUUUGGACCACUCAAAUGACGCGCGAAAAAGAAAAUUCGCAAACUGCAGAUCGAUAAGGCGGCGAGCGGCAGAUCGAUGCAGCGGUGAGCGACAGAUUGAUAAAUCGCCAAACGACAGAGCGACAAUUUGCCGAACCAGUUACGUACCACUCACGUACCACCCGCGUGUCGAUUUAUUGCCGCUCCAAGUGGGCAAAAUAGCAACACUACUCCAAAGAGGCGCAACUUUGAUUCCCCCGCAAAAGUUAACCGCCCAAAUUUCGUUUUCGUGGAAAACAUAAUGUAAUAACCCUCCAUCGGUUAAUUCGUCAUCGAAAGGGAAAUUAUUUUUUUUUUUUUUACGAAUUGUUCCCCGCCCCUCUGAGUUAUAUUACCUUCCAAAUUGAUGCUUCGAAAGGUUUUGCAGAAAGGGAGCGCUUGUGUUUGUGAACGUGAAUAUAUGUGUAGACCCUCUCCCCCGUUAUAAAUUGCUCACUGCGGAUUUUUCGCAAAGGUGCGCGUACGAGUACACGUGUAGAGGUGCACCUACAUAUGUGCGGAUGCAUAUAUGCUGAUACGUAUAUGCUCGUACAUACACGUUCUUAUAUAUACGUUAGCACAUCCUGAGCCGUGUCCCAUUUAAAAGGGUUUGCCACCCAACCUGACCAAGUCGUGCCCAUUUUCACCGCCGAAAAUCGGCUUCUCUUCUACACAUCCUUGCCUUUGUGGCCAACCGUUUUUCUUUUAUACACUGCUUAUGUACGAAGUUCACAAAAUGGGUCUCAAAAAGUGCGUCAUUUUUUUUGCCUUUUUUAACUUCAUUUCGUAUGUAAAGAAAGAGGGCAACGACUCAUGCCUGUGCCAUCCAAUCCCAUUUCCAAUGCCCCAACCCGAACCCGAUUACAUGGAUGAGCCCGCACCUGCGCUAGAACCAGAGGCACAACCACAAGCAAACCCAGAUGACGGAAAUACGAACAACAAUUUCUUUAAUUUUUAUAACAAUGGAAAUUUCAAUGGAGGAAAUGAUGAUGGUGAUGACGACGACGAUGAUGACGAUGAUGAAAUAAUUGACAACUCCAACGAUGAUAAUAAUGACGACGAGGAUAUCGAUAACGAUGAUGAUGACGAUGAUGAAGAAAUUAACGAAAAUGAAAAGAAAAAUAACCAAAAUAAAAGAAAAAGAAAUAAUUUGUAGGUCUCUCCAGUUAGUAGAAGAGCCAUGUUUGUGAAGAGGAGAUGGAGGAGAGAACUCCACGGGGGGGGAGUGUACCGUCCGUAGUGGCACACCAACCCGCAGACGCGUUUGAAGUGAACCGUCGCCUCCUUUGUUUCAUCUUAACUUAUUUUUAAAUACCAUUUGGAAGCAUUCGCCUUCUUACGUGAUGGUGCGUCUCCUCUGUACGUGUAUAAAGCUAAGCAGGGUGUACAGACGGAAGACUCCUUUCCGGCGUGCCAUCUUGAAGCCCAUCUGAUGUUCCCCUUCCCCGUACUUUAGUGAUGUCCACUGUGGGAAGGUGCUAUCUGUAUAUGAAGCGGGUGAGUCUGUUCUCGCGCUCCCCCUACACCUUGAUCACAGCAUAUUUAGCUUUUUCCUCUGUAAAAUUUGCCAAUAUUUUUAAUCGCCUUUUUCUGUCAACGAAAAGAACGAAGCAAAAGCACACACACCCCUGUUGUGCACCCCUCCUUUUUUUUUUUUCAUUAUUUUUCCAUGUGAUAAUAAUCAUGUUUAACC